CGGAAGAAGCGCUGGCGUCUCUCCGCGGAAGUUGUUACUGCUGCCCUGCUUCUGCAUGGCGGCUGCGGGGCCCCUGCAGUUGCUGCUCCUGUUCCUGCCGCCAUCUUUAGCACUGCCCGCGUUGCGGGGCCGGGGGGGACUGUGAGCCGGGCCGGAGCAAGCCGAGCCGGGUGACGCCCCCCUCUCCGCCGGCUCCUUCCUCCUCCCCGUCUCCCGCAGGAUCGGUGACCGCGGAGCUGAUGGGGAAGUACUUCCUGACCCUGAGCGUCCUAAAAGGGCCUUGGGACCAAGUCUUCACCGCCUUUUGGCAGCGCUACCCGAAUCCUUACAGCAAGCAUGUCCUGACUGAAGAUAUCUUGCACCGAGAGGUGACUGAAGACCAGAGACUGCUUUCCAGGAGGCUCCUAACCAAAACCAACAGGAUGCCCCGCUGGGCAGAGCGCUUCUUUCCACCUAACGUCGGCCACCAUGUCUAUAUCCUAGAAGAUUCCAUUGUGGACCUGCAGAAUCGAACCAUGACCACAUUCACUUGGAACGUUAAUCAUGCACGUCUUAUGGUAGUGGAGGAGCGAUGUGUUUACAGAGAGAACCCAGAAAACAGUAGCUGGACAGAAGUCAAGCGGGAAGCCUGGGUCUCCUCCCGCCUCUUUGGUGUUUCCCGUGCUAUCCAGGAGUUUGGCUUGGCUAGGUUCAAGAGCAAUGUGACCAAGACUACCAAAGGUUUUGAGUACGUGCUGGCCAAAAUGCAAGGUGAAGCACCAUCUAAAACACUGGUGGAAACUGCCAAGGAGACGGCCUUGGCUGUUACUGAGAAGGCAAAGGACUUUGCUGGCAAGGCAGCUACUACAAAGAAGCAACAGUAUGUGUGAAGAAACGGUUUUCCCACAGAAGGAACUAGAACGCCACUGGCACAGGGCGGUACAAUGAUACUGGAAGGUUCACUUAUAACUAAGCUUCACUUCCUUGGGAGUUGACCAGAAUGUCUGUAGAUUUUAUGUUUUUUUUAAUUGAGACUGUACAAAUCUGACAAUCAUCUUCUUUCUAAAAGGUGUAAUUAUCAUUAAAAGAAUAGACUUCAAUUUA